GGUUAGCUAUACCUUGUAUUUCUUUUAUACGCCCCAGCCUGAUGAGCUACUAGCGCCCUCAUUCAUUUGAUUUUCUUCCGUCUAAUCACGAACAUUCGUUACCCCUCGUCAUUCAUUCAUUCAAUCAUGUUUCACUAUUCUGGACGUCUUGCUGGACUCGACGAUAUGAUCUUGAAGAUCAGCGCUCCUUCUAAAAUUGCUUCUGCAGUAUCAACAUGUGCCCUCGACGGUGAGCCGUACCUUAAGGUCAAGAAGGUCAAAAAGCGCAAGGCCCAGCGGGCAUAUCGUCCACCUCUUACGGACAAGACAGUACUGGUGAAUAAUGCUCUGCCUCACGCUCUCUCAACUACACAGUGCAAAUCAUUGGAAAAGCCUGCCGCUGUUGAGAAGACCCGCGGGCAGCAGCAGAACCUUGUUCCUCCUGACCAACCCGUUACUCGCGUAAACCGCUCACAGCGCAAUAUUGAGUCAUUUCGCCCCCUUCCUCCUCUGCCAUCUGCAUCCACACUGCAACUACCUUCCUUCCUCAAUUUCUCAACCACCCAUUCGUUAACGUCCCCGCCUGCAAAUCAGUGUCGUAAAAAGUCUUCCCACUCUCUCCCAGCCACUAUCUUGUUCCGCCAUUCAUCUAGCCACGUUGCAUCCACUCGACGAGUGGUUGUUCGUAAAACUAAGAACACCAAAGUUUACGAAGGACCGCAUUGGGUCCCCGCCUUCCACCAUCCGAAUAGUCCUUAUGUUCCAUGGCCAUCUGAUAUACGGCAUCGCAUUCUUCGCCCAUUGACGCCAGAACCACCCAUGUCACCCCUUUGCUCGCGUAGUGGAGCUGUCGCACCAGAGCCAUGGGGCUCGCAUUCUACCACAGAAACUCACACGAAUGUGGAAAAACGUUCCAGUUCGUGGAAGAGCUUCAAGAAAUCGGUUAAGAGUGGCCUAAAGAAUGUCAAGAGUGUUGUCACGCGCAUUGGCAAGGUCCCGAAACUCUCCCGUGGACGUGCAGACGUAAAAACGAUGAAUCGUGGUGAUGAACCGGACCCAUCUGGGGGUGACUAUAUGGCGUUCGCGGAGAACCCAUCACCUGUGUCCCCGGGCUCUCGGACCGAGGAUGUCUCUGGUUCACGAACAUCGUUGGACAGUCUUGUAUCAUCAGAUUCUGUUACCCUAGCUGCAUGGUUAGCUGAACGGCACACCACCUCUGAAACUUCUUCACGCGAGUUUCCUGGGAUGUCAUUGGAAGAAUACGAGAUGAUGGGUAGUUGGUUGGACUUAGGUGUCGGAGAUGGGGAAAUGGUUUGUGGUGUUCUGGGUUGUGAUGCCCACACUCCAGGUGGAUCACCCGACGCGCUUUGCCACGGACUGCGUGAUUACCGUGCAGCAGUGCCUUUCGACGCCACGGUUAACGAAGUUGUCAAAGCACCUGUGCCGAAGAAGACGUCAUCGCCUGUAUCCGCACCGGACCUCAGCUCGUGGCCACAUUAUUUUUACUCUCUUCCGCGGCUGCCAUCACAAGCAUCUGUGAUGCCCCCAAGGGACUUGAAGCACUCGGUCGACCCGGGCGUUGAGCGCCUCUUGAUGUCCAAAAAAUCCCGUGAACUAAGUAUGCCUGGCGGAUGGGCAUUCGCGUUAUGACUCCAGAUUCCAUUGGAUGAUGUGUUACAGAACCUAGCAUUAUGAUGUAAGUCCACCCACAAGUGUACUGGAUGGUACGCAAUCUUAUUCUACGGAUUUGUACCUCAGAUAGUUUAUGAUAUUAUUGUACAGACAUGUCUUCUCUAUUUUGUACCUAUAGUCACUGUAGUUUUGUAUAUAAUUUUCAUUUCGUCCGCUUCCGUACGACGAAGAACAAAGGCAGUCACUACGGUGGACAUCGCUUUGUCCGAAAAAGGAAAGUGUUGAGGAUGGUCCAAACCACAACAAUGCCGUCGAAGCGGUGUG